GACACAAAUCUGUGAUGACUCUGUUGUUUAGAUCUCUGCCAGUGGGUCCUGCAAACCACAGGGUUAGGCAGAAAUGUGAUUAUCCCCAGCAUGUGAUCUCCAGCGUCGGUAUGAAAGGAGGGCUUUUAUGUGAGCUGUGAGCAGUUCUCAGAGGUUUGGAUGCACUGGAAAGAGACACCGUUCUCAGCUCCUCGGCUCGAGGGACUGUAGAGAAUGGAUCAUCAUACUUCAGGCCAUCACAGACAGUCCAGCCAUGCCUCCAGCUUCCACUGGCUGUCAUUUGCAUACCAGGGCCUGACCGAAAUCCCUUACGACACUAUACUCACACAGACAGACACUCUGGAGGUGCUGGACUUGAGCUACAAUCUGCUGGAUGAGAACCCGGUUCUGCUCGGUCAGCUGGAGAAGCUCAGCACUCUGAUUCUGGACUGCAACAAGUACACAUCUCACGUCAAGUUCCCCUACAUGCCCAGUGUGACCACGGUGUGCAUCAACAAGAACCAAAUCAACAAUCUGCCUGUGUUUGUGGAAGAGAUACGACGCAAGUUCCCCAACCUCAAGAUCCUCAGUAUGAUGAACAAUGAGGCAGCACCAAGCUACUUCAAUGGAGGAAGUCUGACCCAGUACAAAGACUACAGACAGUACGUCAUCAGUCAGAUCCCAGGUCUGGAGAUUCUGGAUGACACAGAGGUCCUGGAGAAGGAGAGAGCCCAGGCUCGG